AUGGGAAAGCACAAGGAACGCCUGGACAAGCUGCUCCGCGAUAUCAACAAAGCCGCGGGCGAGUUUCCCGGGACGACCCCGCGGGACGACCCGGGCGAUGAUGAACUCCUCGGAAGCGACGACGACACGAGCUCCUUCUCGUCCGGCUCGGACCUCGACCUCGACAAGCUCGACGCGGAGGUCGCGGCGGGAUCCAGGCUCGACGCCAAGGUGGCCGCGAGGACCGCCAAGCUCGAGGAGCGGCUCGCGUCUCUGAUCGCCGAGGCGCGCAAGAAGGACGAGCGGCACGAGGAGCGCCUGCGCAUGAAGGAGGCGGAGUUCGAACGCGAGCGCGCUCGCAUGAUGGACGCGGUCGCCCUGUUGAAGGACAAGCAGGCGGAGAUCGAGAGGCUCGCGCCGCCCCUCCGCCAAGCCAUCGCGCAGGCGAAGGACGACAUCCGCGUCCUGACGUGCUCGCAGGAGCGCAUGCAGGAGCUCACGCGCCGCAAACAGGAGGACCUCUCCCUCGCGGAGUUCGCCAUCCUGCGAAUCCACCAGGAAACCGGAGAACUUCGACAGGAGCUCGACGUGACGCGCAUCGAGCGCGACGCCCUCAAGGACGCCAACGCGAGGCUCGACGUCGACAACAAGCGGAUGGCCCGCGAGCUCAAGCGCGUCACGUCCUCCGUCGACGCGGACGCUCGCGAGUCAACCGCCGAUCGCGAAGCGCUCCAACGACGAUGCGAUCGACUCGGCCGCGACCUCGAAGACGCGCUCGUCAAGGUGGAGGUGCUCUCCGCCAAGGGCGCGAUGUACGACGAGGUGGCCGCCACCGUCGACAGGCUCACCAAGCGCGCCGCGGAGGCUGAGAAGGAAGCCGCGGGCGCCGUCUCCGAGGCGAAGAUCCUUCGACAGGAGAAGACGACGUUGGCUUCGCAGCUCGAGUCCCGCCGGCACCAGUGCGAGCUGCUCCAGCAGGACAAGGCGUACCUGUCGAGGGAGGUGGAGAGCGCGAGGGAGCGCGAGCGCAGGUGGGAGGAAGAGGAGGACCGCCUGAGGGAGAAGGCGAGGGCGCUGCGAACGCAGGCGGAUGAUCUGAGGGAGAAACUCGCGACGGGUCACGCCGAGCUGGCGGACAAGCACGAGCAGAGGCUCGUGGGCGAGAUCGAGCGACUCCAGACCAAGGCCCAAGAGGACCUCGAACGGCUGCGGGAGGAGCACGCGGGGGCGAGGGACCGGGAGAUCAGGGCGCUGAGGGACCUGCGGGACGCCGCGGUUGCCGACGCCGCCGUCGCUCGCCGGGAGCUGUCCGACCUUCGCAAGGGGUACGACGAUUUGCUCGCGUCGCACCGCCUCGCGAUGAAAAACGCCGACGUCCACGCCGCCGAAACGUCGGGGCAGCUCCGGAUGAAGUCGAUGGAGCUGGAGCGCGUGACGAUGCUCCACGGCGAGGCGACGAGCGUCGCCAAGGUGCUCAGGAUCGAAUGCGACACGCUGACGAAAAAAGUGAGGUUGCUCGAAUCGCAGUACCUCGCGCUGGAAUCGUCGGCGAACCGCGCGAGGACCGAAUCCGACAUGACGGUCGCGGAGAUGGCCGCCAGGCUGUCGCAUUACGAGGGCCUGGAGCGCGAGCUGGACGAGGCGGUGAUGCGACAGGCGGCGGGCAAGGAAAACGUCGGAGGAGGAGGAGGAGCCGACGUAUCCGUCUCCGGAAGCAUCACCGGAAGCGCCAACUUGGACGGAUUGACCGCCCUCUCCGGCGCUGUGCCCGCGAGCCUUCGCCGGCGUCUGCAGCAGAGCGUCGCCCUCGGCCGGCGCGUUAACGAGCUCGAGCGGAUGCUCGUCGCCACGGAGGCUUCGCGCGACGCCGCCGUAGCCAAGGUUGACGAGCUGGAGGGCGAGUUGAGGCGCGCCAAGUCGCGAGCGAUUGACGCCUCGCAGCCGUACAACUACCUCGUCGAUCGCAUCGCCGACGUCGAGCGAGACGCGGACGCCUCCGCCAGGCGGGAGCGGGAGAUGGGCGAGAAGCUCGAGGCGGCGCGAGCGGCGGCACACGCGGCGCGGGAGGAGGCGACGGCGCUGCGUAAGGACCUGAAGGCUGCGCUCGACGAGCGGAGCGAGCUGGCGGCGAUUAAGAACAUGCUCAAGGGCGCGUCGGGGCGAACGGCGCUCGCGGCGAAAAAGUGA